CUCGUGCUCGAGAGUGUAACUGAGUUUCGUUUGCGCAGAAAGGAAACCUGAGGAAGUUAUAAAACCCUCCGCGCAUCUCGAGGGCUCGUCACCACACGACGGAGACCAGAGCAGAGGACGGACAUGGACUUUGUGAUAGGUGCUGUUGUUGGAACAGUAGGGGCUGUGGUCGCUGCUCCCGUUCUUCUGGGGGCCGCAGGUUUCACCGCAGCUGGAAUAGCAGCAGGCUCCCUGGCUGCUCAGGCCAUGUCGGUGGCCGCAGUUGCUAAUGGAGGUGGAGUGGCAGCAGGAAGUGUAGUGGCUGUUUUGCAGUCAGCAGGUGCGGCUGGUGUGUCCGGAGCUGCCAGUGCAGCCGUUGGAGCAGCAGCAGGGCUGGUGAACCUCAUUGUUUAAAAAAACUUUGAGGACUCAUAUUUACUGUGAAAUGUCAAAUGGAAACAAGUGUCAAUCCGGUUACUCUAAUGGAGCAGUCAAUGUCCCGAGACGGCUGAAAAGCUGAUGUGCAGUUACUUUCACACGAUGUUACAUUGUUGAGUGGAACAAUCAAAUUAAAGACCAAAUGCAUUUGAAAGAA